UUUCUAGGGCAAACAAAAGGGCUCUGUCUGUAUUCUCGUUCGCCUGUAAAGAGGCCGUUGCUUCCUCAUAGGCCAUUUGCGUAACUCCAUUGUACUAGGAUUUCAGAGCUUCGCAACUAGCAAUAAUGGCGAGUGGGAACACGAUUCUUCAAUUCUCUCCUUCCAGUACCAAUUUAUCGGCGAAGAUUCAUCCUAUUGUUCUUUUUAAUAUCUGUGAUUCUUUUUUGAGGCGUCAAGACCAAGCAGAACGUGUUAUUGGGACUCUUCUUGGAUCAAUUUCAGCAGAUGGAACAGUAGAUAUCAGGAAUUCUUACUGCGUUCCUCACAACGAGUCAUCUGAUCAGGUUGCUGUCGAUAUUGAGUACCAUCAUUCCAUGCUUGUAUCACAUCAAAGGGUGAACCCAAAGGAAGUAAUUGUUGGAUGGUACUCUACCGGUUCUGGAGUGUCAGGUGGGAGCGCUUUGAUUCAUGAGUUCUAUUCCAGAGAGGUGGCAAAUCCUGUUCAUUUAACUGUGGAUACUGGAUUUAGCAGUGGGGAGGCUAGCAUCAAAGCAUACGUGGGAGUGAACUUGUCUGUUGGAGAUCGGCAGCUUGCAGCACAGUUUCAAGAAGUCCCUCUUGAUUUGCGAAUGCUUGAAGCAGAACGCGUUGGAUUUGACAUUUUGAAAAAAACAACAGUGGACAAGCUUCCCAACGACUUGGAAGGAGUGGAGGCUUCUAUGGAGAGACUCAUUGUUCUUAUCGAUGAAGUUUACAAAUAUGUAGAUGAUGUUGUGGAAGGUCGCAUACCUACUGAUAAUAGCAUUGGAAAGUACCUAGCUGAUACUGUUGCUUCCAUUCCAAGGAUGUCACCUGCGGCGUUUGAUAAACUCUUUAAUGACAGCUUACAGGAUCUUUUGUUGGUGUUGUAUUUGGGAAGCCUCACCAGGACACAACUGGGCUUGGCAGAGAAAUUGAACACUGCUGCUCAAAUCUUAUGAUAGAGAGACAGACUCAUCAAAGUUGAGCAUUAUUGUGAGAUUAAACAAAAAACAGAAGUGUUGUUCUUUUCUUCUUUAUGAGGCCUUGGAGUUGAUUAGCGUAGAGGGGAGAGAUGUUAUAUAUAGAUGUCUUGGCCCAUCCUGUUAAGGGGAUGGUUGUUUUGAAUAUAAAUUAGGUAAAAUUUUGAAGUUUGGACUUUACUAUGAUCAAAAGUUUCUGGGUUUUUGUUCUA